AUGAUAUCUCUGCAAACACCAAUAACUUCCUCCUUCUAAUAUAUAUAAAGCCUCCUGAUAACUGCAGCCUCAGUUCGGUAGCUGAUAUUUCUUUAUUUCCCAUAUCAUCAAUUCUUUGCACCAUAGUUUUUCUUGCUAUCUGGAUGAAACCCACUGAGCUUGAAGCUCUAAGACUCUGAUUUUCUUUUUUCCCAAUCUUUCAAACGACUUGUUUUUAUAGCUUAAACACAAGAAAGAUGAGAGCAGGGGUUUGCACUGUGCAGCAAGCUUUAACAGCUGAGGCUGCAAACCUGGUGAAGCAAGCACUUGCUCUUGCUAGACGGCGAGGUCAUGCCCAAGUCACUCCUCUUCACGUAGCAAGUGCUAUGCUAGCUUCUUCUACUGGUCUUCUCCGAAGAGCUUGUCUUCAGUCUCACUCUCAUCCUCUUCAAUUCAGAGCUCUAGAGCUUUGCUUCAAUGUUGCACUCAAUCGCCUCCCUGCUUCCACUUCUAGCCCUUUAUUAGGCCUUCAUCACUCCCAUCAUCCUUCCCUCUCCAAUGCCUUGGUUGCCGCCUUUAAGCGUGCUCAGGCUCACCAACGCCGAGGCUCCAUUGAGAACCAACAGCAACCUAUUUUAGCUCUCAAAAUAGAAUUAGAACAUCUUAUAAUCUCCAUUUUAGAUGAUCCUAGUGUUAGUAGGGUCAUGAGGGAAGCUGGUUUCUCUAGCACCCAAGUUAAAAGCAAAGUAGAACAAACUGUUUCCUUGGAGAUUUUUUCCCAAACUCCCUCUGCUAAGGAAAAUGCCAAGCCCCAUGUUCUGGGUGCUAAUGUGUCUCAUUCUACGUCCCACACUCAGGUUGGGUUUGGAUUGUCAUUAGGCAAACCGCAAGAUCAAGUUAGGAAUGAAGAUGUAACAAAUGUUUUGAACACAAUUGUGAACAAGAGGGAAAACACUGUCAUUAUAGGAGAGUCUGUCGCCAUUGCUGAGAGUGUAGUUAGAGGGGUGAUGGAUAAGUUUGAGAAAGGGCUAGUCUCUGGGGAUUUAAGAUAUGUUCAGUUUAUCAGUCUUCCACUUUUUUCAUUGAGAAAUCUUCCUAAAGAUGAAGUGGAGCAGAAGAUUGUAGAGCUUAAAUGCCUUGUGAAGAGUUAUAUGGGAAGAGGGGUGGUCUUAUACUUGGGUGAUCUGAAAUGGAUUUCAGAGUUUUGGUCAAGUUAUGGUGAGCAAAGAAGAAACUACUACUGCCCAUUGGAGCACAUAAUCAUGGAACUUAAAAGAUUAGUGUGUGGAAUUAGGGAGACAGGAAAGUUGUUUCUUAUGGGAAUUGCAACUUUUCAAACUUAUAUGAAGUGCAAAACAGGCCAUCCUUCUCUUGAGACAAUUUGGGAACUUUGUCCUCUUACAAUUUCAGUUGACGGCUUAAGCCUCAGUCUUAAUCUUGAUAGUGACUCUCAACUUCAGUAUAGAACCAAGGAAUCUAUAGACGCUAUUAGUUGGCCACUGCCAGAAGCUGCAGUAAAUAAGAGCCACACUUCUUUCACUGAUGGAUUCCUCAAUUUUGACAAGGAAGCUCAAAGAACUGCAAUCGUCUCUUCCAGUUCAAGUUUGCCUUCAUGGCUCCAAAACUACAAGGAAGAAAGCAAAACAAACCCUGCCCAUGAUAAGGGUUCAGUCAAUGUUGGGGAUCUGUGCAAGAAAUGGAAUUUAUUUGGCAGUUCAACCGACAAAGAACAAUACAACCCUGGGGAAACUCUCAACAUUUCUCCCUUAUCUUCUUCUUCUUCCCCGAAUUCAAAUUCCUCAAAAGAACGAAACACGACUAAUCUAAGUUGGACAGUCAUUUUUGAACCUAAAAAGUCACCGAAAGAGCACCAGUUUUGGAUAUCCGAAAACACAGAUGAAGGCUAUGGACUCCCAUUGAGAAAUCAUCAUAAGCCAGACCUCCUCUCAAAUCCAAACUCUAGCCCAAAUUCAGCUUCUUCGAGUGAGGCAAUCGAGGAGGAUAUCGAUGGCCUUAACGAGUUCAAGGUUAUUAAUGCUGAAAACCUGAACAUUCUAUGCAAUGCAUUGGAGAAAAAGGUUCCAUGGCAGAAGGAGGUGAUUCCUGAAAUUGUUAGAACCAUCCUCGAAUGCCGGUCAGGGAUGAGAAAAGUCAAAAGCUGGUUAAAGCAAAGAGAGCUCAAAGACGAAACUUGGCUAUGCUUCUUAGGAGCUGACUAUGAAGCAAAGCGGAAGAUUGCAAGGGAGUUAGCCAGACUCAUUUUCGGUUCUCAAACCAACUUUGCUUCUAUAAGUCUAAGCAAUUUGGCAUCGACAAGGGCAGAUUCGAAUGAAGACAAGAAAAGGAAGAGAGAUGAGUCAGGAAGCAGUUACGUUCAGAGAUUUAGUGAGGCAUUGAAUGAGAAUCCUCACAGGGUGUUCUUCAUGGAAGACAUGGAACAAGCUGAUUAUUGUUCUCAGAAAGGCAUUAAGCAAGCAAUUGAAAGUGGAAGGAUAACAGUUUCAGAUGACGAGACAGUUCCUGUCAAGGAUGCAAUUAUCAUUUUCAGCUGCGAAAGCUUUAGUUCAUUGUCAAGAGCUUGUUCUCCGAGGAGGAGGCCAAAUAUUAGUGAGACAGAAGAGAUCAAGGAAUUAGAAAUGGAGCAGAAAAACACAUCUGUUUCUCUGGACUUAAAUAUUGCCAUUGAAGAUGACAGUGCAGAAGAAAGUUCACGUAUUGGCGACAUUGGAAUUCUGCAAUAUGUUGAUAACCAAUUUAUUUUCAGAGUUGAAGAACUGUGA